AUGGUAUUGGUAAUAAUUAUAUUGGCAUAUUUAUAUAACCUUCGUAGACAAUGGCUCAAUAAAUACAAACAAAGUUUGUCUUGUCUCGAUGGUGAACAAAUCUAUCGUCAUUUAUGUUGCAAUGAAUUUCCCUUUGAAUGCUUCUAUGGUAUCAAUCUGGCAUUCUAUAGAACAUUUGUAUCACCCACCAUUUCGACUGUUUACUCACAAACGAAUACAAUUGCCAGCGAAACAGAAAAACGUGUCAAUGAUACUGAUAUCAUAAUGCAUGCUUGGAUCGACUAUGGUCUUAAUAGUGAUGAAGGACGAGCAAGUAUGAAACAUUUGAAUAAUAUUCAUGGUGCAUUUAGCAAUCGUACAUUGAACAAAGAUUUCGUUUUUAUCCUUUGUUGUUUCACUGUUGAUACAAUACAAAUAAUUGAUGUCUUUGGCUGGCGACAUUUGGAUGAUAGAGAGAGACGAGCAAUCUUUGAUUUCUAUGAACAAGUUGGUCAACGAAUGAAUUUGAAAGAUCGACCAACAUCACUAGAAGAAGCAAACAUAAUUAUUAAUAAUUAUAUUGAUAGUGACACAUCUUCAAGAUAUACAUCACAAGGCCAGGUAUUGACAAAUGCUAUUCAUACACUGGUCCAAAAAUGGUAUGGUCGACUUUUGCCAGCUUCGUUGAUUCGAGUUCUCUUGAACGCCAUUAUUUAUGUUGUUGGCGGUGCAACAUUUCACCAGAAACUUGGCUUACCAGAACCAUCACGCUUAUUAUUAUAUGCUGUAUACAUACUAGCAACUAUUCGAUGUUGUAUUAUGCAAUUUGUACCACCACGCAAAGGUAUUCAUCAUCUAUCAGAUAAUCUUAUGAAGAAAGACUAUAGGUGUCCCGUAUCAAAAAUAAAUUUCUUACAAGUUGGACCACCUAAAUUAUUGCAACGAUUGUGA